AUGCCUGUCGGUCGUCUCCCCGCCGCCUUCGGGCUGGCGUUCCUCGGGUCGUUCAGCGUCCUGCUGCAUCGCCAUCUUGAGUUCAUGCCUCCCUUCCUCGCGAGGCUGCAGUCCUCGGGGCCCGACCCGUGCCCCUCACCGGACCUGGCUGCGCUACCCAUUCUGCACGAUCUGCAGACGUGCGAGGAGCUCCCUUCUGCGUUGCCAGAGUUCAGGACGGAGCUGUGUCGCGCACCUACCUCUUGCAGUGCUUUCACGCUGAGGAUCGCGCGCACGGAGUCGAGGGCUUGCGAACUUGCGCUCGUGUCGAACCUGUACGCGCCGAGCGACGAGACGCAGUGGGAGGCAUGGAUGGAGGCGGAGCGCGGGCCUGACGGCUUCUACCUACGCGUCGACGGGGCGCAGCGCUUCGCUACCGAGCGCGCCGUGCACGAAGGGUCGUGCGCAUAUCGAAUGGACGUCGUGCUUCAAAACCCCGGCCGCGUCUAUCUGACCGCUGCACACUAUUACGAGGACUACAACGCCUACAACGAGCGCAACGCAACCUGGGCGGAGAACCUCGAUCGCCCCCUCUUCAACCAGCCCAUCGAGUUUGAUGUCUGCGAUUCCUCAUGUCCGGCAUACAGCCCGCAUCUGUUAAACCCCGCGCGGAGCACUCUCGCAAUGGACGACGCCUCUCGCCUCACCUCUGAUCUUUCCUCGCCUCCACCUGACGCUGAUCUUCCGGCCUGCGACGGCGACGAUCCCAUUCCAGGUGUCUACGUUCCGCAUCAUCCGCUCGAUGCUCUUUACCCUCCUGUACCAUAUCCAGCGGGCCACAAAGUACCCGUACACGGGCGCUACCGCUUCAUCCCUGAGGGGUGUCGGUUUAGGCACGCAGGUCUGCGCUUUGGCGAUCCCUCUCUAUGCACGGAGCGCGCCGAGAGGGUACUUUUUAUUGGAGACAGCCAUGGACGUGUGGCAUACGACGCAAUGGUCCACCGUCUCUCCGGCGCGACGGACAUGAUGAUGAAGAGCGAGAAGGUACACGACAAGAACGCCACAUUGGGCGCCCUCAGCUUGAAUUUCGUGUGGGAUCCACAAAUCAAUCACGCGGCUACAACCUGUACCGAGCUUGCCACGCUUCUGGAUGAAGUCGAUGUCUUUGUCGUCUCUGCGGGCGCCCACUGGCGAUCCACCGCCAAAUUCCUCGCCGACCUCACGCAGUUCUUCGACAUGAUCACCAACUGCCAGCUCGAAGCUCCUCCAGCGCAGAUGAUCUUCCUCACCACGCCCGCCGUCGCACCACGGCAGGACGAGUACGUACAGAUGCACAAGGACAAGCGGACGAGUACGCGACAGGGUUACCUUGCGGGGAGAUCGGCGGAGUUGGCACGUACAUAUGGAUGGAAGGUAGUCGACCAGUUCGCGCUGACGGAGGCGCAUACUGUCGAGCUUAUGGCUCUAGAUCGUGCGCACUACGUCGCGACCGAUGCAAUUGACCCUAUUGUGGACGAGCUGAUACAAAAGGCAGGCGUGUGCGACGGCAUGUGA